UGUGUUAUUAUUGCUCUAUGCUAUGUCAUCAGAGACAUUCGAUGAGUAAUAGUAUUUGUUUCUAAUAAAUGGCCGUGUUCUGCUGUUGAACUUGUUAAAAAGUGUAAAUUGUUACUCUAUACAGAAGUAUGACUUCUAUAAGUGAAGUUGAUUCAGUACCUAAAACGAAGAAACCGUCGGAUAGUGCAUUUAAACAACAACGUUUACCUGCAUGGCAACCGAUACUUACCGCUGGAACUGUGUUACCAACAUUUUUUGUAAUAGGAAUUGCUUUCAUACCAGUUGGAAUUGGAUUGCUUUAUUUCUCUGAUCAAGUCAAAGAAUAUAUAAUAGAUUACACCGAUUGUAAUUCUACAAAUUAUUUCCAUUCAAAUACAUUGCCUAUCACGUGCGCAGACUUUAUAGCAAACAACCCUAAUGCUACUCCACCUUGUGCCUGUGAAAUAGAAUUCAAACUACCUUCUGAUUUUAAUGGAAAAGUUUACAUGUACUAUGGUUUGACUAAUUUUUAUCAAAAUCAUAGACGAUAUGUAAAAUCACGCGACGAUAAUCAACUAUUAGGACAGUUAAGUGAUGUGGUUUCGGUCGACUGUGGACCAUUUGCUUUCGACGGAAACAAAUCUAUUGUACCGUGCGGAGCUAUCGCAAAUUCAUUAUUCAGCGAUGAAUUGAAACUAUUUUCUAAGCGACAUACAGAAUGGGUACCAUUACUAAGAACUGGUAUUGCUUGGCCUUCCGAUAAAAACAUUAAAUUUAAAAAUCCUGAUGGCGAUUUAAAGGAAGCGUUUAAGAAUUAUGCAAAGCCAAAGAAUUGGAAUAAAAAUAUUUAUGACUUAGAUCCGGAUGAUGAGAGUAAUAAUGGCUUACAAAAUGAAGAUUUAAUUGUUUGGAUGAGAACUGCUGCCUUACCCACUUUUAGAAAACUUUAUCGUAGGGUGGAUCAUUCUGUACAUGGUUUCACAGGAGGACUAUUAACAGGGCAAUAUGUCCUUCAUGUCAAUUACUCAUAUCCUGUGUCUGCUUUUGAUGGCAAAAAAAGAAUGAUUUUAAGUACUACGUCUCUUCUUGGAGGAAAGAAUCCUUUUCUUGGUAUUGCUUAUAUAGUUGUAGGAUGUCUUUGUUUAUUAUUAGGUAUUACAUUACUGAUUAUUCACAUCAAAUGCUCUAAAAGCAAACUAAUGUAAAGAUGACUGCAACAAAGUAUGCUUAGGGCACCGUAAUUGUUCUUCAUAACAGAGAUGAUCAAUGUGAGUCCAACUACACCGUACCAAGAAUAAUUACACAUAAUUAUUGCAAAUUUUAAACAGCAUUGCGACCAUUCUGCAUUUAAUUUGUAAGUGUUAAUACAAAAUAAUUCAAUUCAAAUUUUCUAGAAUGUAAAUAUACGAAGAGUUUUUAACAGAACAGAUAGUUAAAAAGAAAGAAACUUUUUUAGACUACUUUUGAGAAAUAAAUAAAAAAGUAUUUCAAUAAAAUUUCCUCUAUAUAGAAUACAAACAUUA